GCUUGGCAAUGUAUUGUGUUUCACAGCAUCCUCAAGUAGCCUAGUAAUCAGGAUGAGCGCACGUCUUCUCUUCACCUGCGUCCUAUCAGUGAUCACAGCUACAGGAUAUUCCAUAAAUUGCAUAAUUUGCGGUAGUUCCGAAGAACCUUCAUGCAAUGGGAUGAGUGCAACUUGUAGUUCCUCUAAACAUGUCUGCAUGUCAGUGUAUCAAGCUUCAAAAGCUUCAACAGCAGGAUCACAAGAAAAGUUCACUUUUACCAGAGGCUGUGAAAAAAGGAGUAUUUGUGGAAAAUCAGGAACUGUUACUACAAAUGAUGUAAUGUACAGACUAAGCACCACCUGCUGUGACUCAGACCAGUGUACACCUCCUGCUCCCACUUUACCACCUAUCAGCAGUUCUGAGAAUGGAAUGUCCUGUCCAUCCUGUUCUUCCCUUAACUCUUUGGAUUGCAUAUCGAGUGGUGCAAAAGUAAAAUGCACAAAAGAUGAAGAUUAUUGUUUUUUAGAGUCCUCGCAAAAAACAGAUGGAAUUCAUACCACUAACAUUGCUGUCCGUGGAUGUGCAUCUAAAGGUUACUGUGACCUAGGGACCCGAUAUACUGAGCUUGGUAGCAUCAAGGAAAAAGUGGAAGUUACAUGCAGCAGAAGUGACAUGAAAAUAUUUUCUGUCUUAACACUUCUUGGGUUUGCUACUGUUUCUCUUAUGUAUGGAAUAUUCUAAAUGUUUAUUACAUUUGUAAAUGAUCUGGUUUACAGAGUCUAGAAUAAAUUUCCCAAAAAAGAAAAAAGGAAAUAGAGGAGCUGAGACACUCUA